GGAACCACCAACAGACCGGAGUGAAGGGGCGGCGAAGGAAAAAGAGAGAGAAAGAGUAUAAGAGAGAGAGCCAGAGGAGAGGAGCUAGCGAGGAGAGAAGAUAGAGCAGAGAGACGAUAGGAGGAGAGGAGCCAAGAGAAAAGAACCAAGAGGGAAGGACCAAGAGAGCACGUGUUCAGGAACAGGCCCUUUUAAAACUCUGCUGGAGGGCAGGCAGGGAAGCAGGAGCAGCGAAUCCCAUUAGGAUGGGGGUGGAGCCUGGCUCAGGUAGCUGGGCCAUGCGGCCACCUGGCUAAAACUGCACCAGUUUCCUAACAGCUUGGAUCUGUAUGAUGUUGAGCAAGCUUCUUAAACGUUCCAAGCUGCUUUUCUGUACAGUUGGUGAUGUAACAUUUCUACCCCUUAUCAGAUUGUUGUAUCAGAACAGAUACAGUGCCAUGACUGUCACUCCAUCGCUGGUAGCUGUGCUGUUUUAACAAUGCUCUCUCCCUAACACAAGUUUCAAACUCCUCUUUGGGAAUGGAGUCACAGAAUCGCGUACUGUGAAGAGACUCUAAAAUCCCGUCUGCAUACAACGCUUGCAUCCCUUCUGUAACACUGAGAAUCAGUGGUCUGUUCCAGCAUUGCUGAUAGCAUAUCUAGGGACAGGAAGUUCACUGCUGUCUUAAGUGGCCACUCCAUGUUUGGUCUCUGUAUGUUAGAAGGUUCUUUCUUGAACUGAAUCCAAAUCUGCUUCCCUGUGACCUCUCUCCAGGGGUCUGGACAGGGCCUCGUGCCCUUCCUGCCUCUUCCAUGUGAGAGCCCUCAUGGGGCUUGAAGUCAUUUUCCCACUGCCAUUCACUCACCUAGAGUUGGAAAGCUUGUAUCUUCAGCCUUCCUGACAAUAAUUAAGAGAUAAAUUCAUCAAUCAAGUAACAAUCUCAGCAUAUGUACCUCAUAGCACAGCUUGACAACAUGAAGUCAAAAGUGUUGGUGGGAGACUUGAAUAACAGUAGGAGCUGUCAUUUACUGAUUCGCUGACUGCAAUCGGUGCUAGAGAUACACAGGGUUGGACAGGUCCAACCCUGUCCGUGGGAGAAAGUCAAACAAGUAAACGAGCACACUGUUGACUGUUGAUUAGACACUGUGACAGGUCUGUGAAGGCCAGUGUGCAGGGGGCACCAAGGGAAGAGUCCUCUUUCUGAGACAGCGACUGCUUCCUACGGGAGAGGAAACAAAUUACGCCUUGACAAUUACACCUCACUCAGCUAGUCUUCUCCAUUUGUGUGGUAUUUUGUUAAAUUAUCAGAGGCUUUAGUCAUGCCAGCUUUUCUUUAAAAGAGCCCCCAUCAGUAAAUGCAAAUGCAUUCCUCCAAGAAGUGCUCAUUUUCUCUGUCAGCAUUCAUCACAAAGGCUCUUUCAUAGCACCAGAAUAAAGGAAACCAGGCAAGGAAGAAAAGUAGAAUGUUGUGAUUUGUUGUGCCUGCAAUUGGAUUUGUUUAUUUGUGCUGUACUCUGCUGGAUGCUGGGGGAUAGAAGACCUGCCUAGUGGGAUGAGGAAAGUACAAAGUGACCCAGAGCAGAAGGCACUAGGGAUCCUUGGGAAAGGGUUACUUGGUGUGCCUGGAAGUUCUGAGGGGGAUAGGCACUGGGAAGGUGAAAUCAGCCUUCCUAAGGGCUGGCAUUGUGGUGUGAGAGGCCUAGGGACCGCCUGCAAUACAUCCCCAACUGCUCUGCUUCCCAUGCAGCUCCCUGCUAAUGCACCUGGGAAGGCAGCAGAAGCUGGGCCAAGUGCUUGGGCCCCUGCCACCCACCUGGAAGACCCAGAUGGAGUUCCUGGCUCCUGAGUUCAUCCUGGCUCAGCAGUGGCUAUUGUGGCCAUUUGAACAGUGAACCAGAGGAUGGAGAUCUCUUUCUCUGUCUCCCCCUUCUCUCUGCCUUUCAAAUAAAUAUAAAUCUUUUUUAAAAAGAUUAAAAUCCCUUUGAGAAAAAGUUCUAAAACUAAUGAUCUUGGGAGCAGGCAUUUAACACAGCCCAUGUUGGAGUGCUUAGGUUUAAGUCCCAGGUCUGGCUCCUGAUUCCAGGUUCCCACCAAUGCAGACCCUGGGAGGCAGUGGUGAUGGCUCAAGUAAUUGGUUCUGACACCACACAGAAGACCUGGAUUGUGUUCCUAAUACUGGAUAGGAGUUCACUUUUUUGUUGUUUUAAUAUUUAUUCAUUUUUAUUUAUUUGAAAGGCAGAGAAAGGGAGAGAGCGGUCUAUCCAUUGAUUCACUCUUCCAAUGCCUGCAACAGCCAGGGCUGGAGCAUGGAAGGGUCUCCCAGACUCAAGUACUUGAGCCAUCACUGCUGCCUCCCAGGCACAUUAGCAGGAAGCUAAAUCAGAAGCAGAGGCAGGACUGGAUCCUAGGUACUCUAAUAUGGGAUGUGGGCACACCAGGCAAUGGCUUAACAACACCCAUCCCGCCCCUCAUUAAAAAAAUAAAAAAAGAUUUAUCUAUUUGACAGGCAGAGUAACAGAGAGAGAGCGUGCUGGUUCACUCCUCAGAUGUCUGCAACAACUGGGGCUGGUCCAGUCUGAUGCCAGGAAACUAGACCUCCAUCCAGGUCUCCCACAUAGGUGGCAGGGACCCAGUUACUUCAGCCAUCAUCUGCUGCCUUCCCAGGCGCAUUAGCAGGUAGCUGGAUCGGAAGCAGAGGAGCAGGAACUUGGGAUGCUGGCAUUGCAGGCUAUGGUUUAACCCACUGCACCAUGAAGCCAGCCCCCACAUGCAUACAUUUUUGUAUGGACAUAUGUUUUCAUGUCUUUUUUUUUUUUUAAGAGAAAUUGUUAGCUUCCAUCCUUUUAAAAAUUUUUGUUUUUAUUUUAUUCGAAAGACUAAGAUCUUCAGUCUGCUGGUUCACUCCCCAAAUACCUGCAACACCCAGGGCUGGGCCAGGCCUUGGUCUCACAUGUGGGUGGCAGGACCCAAUCACUUGCUGCAUCCCAGAAUGGACAUUAGCAAGAGCCUGGACCAGAAGCAGAGGAGCCAGGCACUCCAACAUGGGAUGGAGGUGCCCUGAGCCACAGCUUGAGCACUGUGCCAAAACACCUGCUCCAAGUUAUGUGUUCCGGUUACUAGAUCCUUAGCAGGUCUAUGGUUAUGACUUUCCGGUAUUUUCUCUCAUUCUGUGGGUUUAAUUUCUUGACAUGUCCUCUGCAGCAUUGUGUACUACCUUUAACAAAUAUUUUAAUAUCUUGGGGGCAGACAUUUGGCCUAGUGUUUAAAAUGCUGGUUAACAUAAUGACUGGAUUUAAUACCCGGCUUCACUCCUGACCAUAGCUCCAACCCUGUUAAUGCAGACCCCCAGAGGAAGUGGUGGUGGCUCAAGUCACUGGGCUCCUGCCACCCACGUGGGACCUGCACGGCCUUCUGCUCCCAGCUUCAGCCUAUUCCAGCGCUAGCCGUUGCAGGCAUUUGGGGAGCGUGCUCUCACUAUAUCUCAAGUAGAAAUUUAAAAAUUAAAAAAAAAAUCUUUAAAAUAGAAACAUGAUUGGUAUUAAAUUACACUUUCAAAUUUAAUAAGUAUUAUAACUUUAGGUGCAAACCAUUGUCCCCAGGCUGUUCUGGAGCUUCUAAACUGAGAGUCUUGAGGUCACUGAGGGGCCCACCAGAGUGACAGCCAUCGCUUUUACAGCACUGAUGUACCAGGUGCUGUGUGGGCACUGCACGUGUGUCAGCUCAUCUAAUUCUCCUAGCAGUCCUGUGAGGUAGUGACUGGCUUCAUGACAGCAGCCGUACACCUCAGAGAACGGAAGCAGUACCGUAGCCCCAGGCUCUUGUCCCUCCCUUCCUCUGUCCACCUUCGCCAUCUCUCCCCGCUGCCGGCAUGGUGCCCGUGAGUGUCCUGGCUGGCGCUCUCACGCGCAUCAGCAGUGCAGAAAAGAGAGACAAAUGUCAGGUUCCUGUUACACCUGCUGCUAAGUCCUUGUCAGGUUUCUAACUGUAAUGAGGCAGUGUAGAGACCUUGGCGAAGUUGAAAUCAUCAGUGAUCACAGAGCUGGUACGGUAAACAAGUGUGGGGUGAUCGGCUUGAUGUGCAACCGAAAGAUCUAGAAAAGUGGCAGAAUAAUCUGCCCCCAUCCUGUCAGUUCAGUUCCAUUGUAUCGACAACCACAGCGGGCGUCCUGGGCCACGAAGAAGCCGGAUGAAAACACAACACGAGAGGGAAAACCCCGGGAUCCCCCCACCCCCCAGGGAUGUAAUACAUACAAAUAAAAAGGCCUCGGUGCAGGAAGCAAAAAGGAAAAUUCGCCUGGAGCCCGAGAGUCAGUAGCAGAGAGACAGGUUCCAGAAUCCGCUGCUCUCAGCCGCUACCUAGCUAGACCGAGAUGGAAUCAAACCAUUCCAAAGGCCGUCCGCACGGUGAGCGCCUGCUCUGUCCGCACCAACCCAGAAACCAGUGCCACCCACCCCGGCGCCUGCGUCGCUCCCCGGCCACUCGGCUGCAGGACCCUGGCUCCUCCCCAGGGGUCGCCAGGCUUCAGAGUUCUGUGAAGUAGCUGUGGAGUCGCCUACGUGCCCCGCACCCUCUCCCCGGGGUGGGCAGGGUUCUCAGAGUCCGGCGGCCAAUGAGCGCCUUGGAGCCGCCGAGUCAGCCCAGUGGGACUCUGAGGUGAGCGCUGGGUGGAACCAGCGGGACCGGCGGAACGGAGCCCCGCCGUGGUACCUGCUGUGUGCCGCACUGGCCGCCCUGAGCGGAACCAUGAGCUGGACCUGCCCGCGUUGCCAGCAACCUGUGUUCUUCGCUGAGAAGGUGAGCUCCCUGGGCAAGAACUGGCACCGCUUCUGCCUGAAAUGUGAGCGCUGCCACAGCGUCCUGUCCCCUGGCGGGCAUGCAGAGCACAAUGGGAGGCCAUACUGUCACAAGCCAUGCUACGGGGCUCUCUUCGGACCCAGGGGGGUGAACAUUGGUGGUGUGGGCUCGUACCUCUACAACCCGCCCGCUCCCACCCCUGUCAGCGCCACACCCCUCAGCCCCAGCAGCUUCAGCCCCCCCAGGCCAAGGACAGGCCUCCCGCAAGGCAAGAAAAGCCCUCCCCACAUGAAGACGUUCACGGGGGAGACUUCGCUGUGCCCUGGCUGUGGGGAGCCCGUCUAUUUUGCUGAGAAGGUGAUGUCUUUGGGCAGAAAUUGGCACCGACCCUGCCUGCGGUGCCAGCGCUGCCGGAAGACCCUGACGGCCGGGAGUCACGCCGAGCAUGACGGCGUCCCCUACUGCCACAUCCCCUGCUACGGCUACCUGUUUGGCCCCAAAGGCGUGAACAUCGGCGAUGUGGGCUGCUACGUCUAUGACCCUGUGGACGUAAAAUCCGAAUGAGACCCUCGCCCUGCCUCGGCCUUCCCCCGGCCCCUUGGUGGUCCCGCGGGAGCUGCAGAGCUCUCCAGUGCCCCAGUGCUGGGGGAAGACAGACCCCGCAGGCCUGGGUGUGGGCUGCACUCCGAGAUAGACCAGGGAGUCCGGACUUUCUCUGCCAAUUCUUCCCUUUCCUGUUCCUAGCUAGGCAGGGGACACAAGCCACCCCAUCGUGGAGGGUGGCCUCCUGGCCCUCCCAGUUCCUUUCUCAGUGAAUUCUGGAGCUUCAAGGUACUCAUCAAACUAUGUUUUCUUGAGCCUCAGCCUCUCUGUCUUCUGCAAUAAAAUGUCGGCUCCCA